CAAAUAUGUAUGGUAUGAUGUGAUAAUACUUACCUAGACCGUCUGCUUGGAUAGCUGUAAACCACAAAACAUCUCUUUUUCCCCCUCCCAGGGCUUUGUACCACUGAAAAAUUGGACAAGAACAAGAAAAUGGCUGAAAUGGAGAGUCUAGCUGACUGGAUGGCUAACCUUAAUGAGAAAUUUACAAAAAUCCCCUUGAGCCAACUUGCUAUUCCAGGGAGCCAUGAUGCUAUGGCAUACAGCUUAGAUAUGGACUCUUCAGUACUGGAACCUAAAAAAAUAAAGGCCUUGGACAAGAUGUUCAGCACUUUCUUAAGGCCCAUUGUCAAAAAAUGGGGUACUGCCCAGGAAAAAAACAUCUCUGAGCAGCUUGAUGCGGGUAUGCGAUACUUUGAUCUGAGGGUUGCUGGAAAGCCUGAAUCUAGUGAUUUAUUCUUCUAUCAUGGACUAUACACAACAAUGACUGUGAAGGAGGGAAUGACAGAACUGGAGAAAUGGUUAGGACAGCAUACUAAGGAGGUUGUCAUCCUUGCUUUCUCACAUUUCAAAGAAAUGUCAGCCAAUCAACACACCGACCUGACCAACUUCCUCAAAGAGCACUUUAAAGCAAAACUCUGUCCUAAGCCUCAAGUGCCCUCACUCAAGGACUGCUGGGAAAGUGGCUACCAGGUCAUCCUCUCUUAUGACAACAGAAGUGUCGACGAUCCUGUUUUGUGGCCUGGAAUCGAGUACUGGUGGGCUGAUCAUUCAGACCCCAAGGAGGUCAUUUCAUAUCUCAACAACCAGAAACAAAAGGCAAGACCAGCGGGAUUGUUUGUUGCUGGUCUCAACCUGACUUUUGAUGGGAAUGACAUGCUCCUGUACCUCACAAAGUCUUUAAAGGAGAAGACCAUGACGGCCUACCCUCUAUUGCUUGACUGGGUGAAGGAGCAACAUUCAGGCUCUGACAAAGAAAGUGUUAACAUCAUUGCUGGAGAUUUUGUGGGAGUGAAUAGCUUUGCUCAGGAUAUCAUUCAGCUCAACAAUGCUGACAAUGGUCCAUGAGAGGGUCUUUUGAGUCAAU